AUGAAGAGCGAGUGGACGACCGGUUGGGCCUUUUUCGUUGGUUUGCUUCAAGGAGGAUUUACCAUGAUCGGUUACGGUAUGGUCGCUUUAAUAUGUGAAGAGGUUCCGAAUCCUCGCCGAGAGGUCCCCAAGGGCUUAGUUCUCUCUGUCCUCGCCAUGGGCAUAACUGGCUUGGUCUAUCUGAUUCCUAUUCUUUUUGUGCUCCCCGACGUGUCACUGCUGCUAUCCGUCGCCAACGGUCAACCCAUCGAUCUUCUCUUCAAGACCGUUAACGGCUCAGUUGCCGGCGGCUUUGAUCUCCUGUUCCUUCUACUGGGUAUCCUCUUGUUUGCUGGUGUUGGUGCCAUCACUGCAGCAUCCCGGAUUACCUACGCCUUUGCCUGCGACAAAGCGAUUCCAGGACAUCACAUCUGGAGCCGCGUAGAUAGACGACUGGGAGUUCCAAUCUGGUCGCUCAGGCUGACGGACGCGGUCAACGCCCUUCUCGUAUGCAUCUAUUUCGGUUCAUCGGCUGCUAUUAAUGGCAUUACAGGGGUGCGCGCCGUCUCUCUAUCCACCUCAUAUGGACUUCCGGUUUUUCCACGGGAGGUUAGGCCUCUCUAUCAACAUGAUUUGUAUCACAUGGAACGCCUUCUCGAUGGUCAUUUUUUGCAUGCCCGUGGCCCUGCCAGUGGAUGCAUCGACGAUGAACUAUCCCAGCGUUGUGUUCGCAGGCUUUGCAGGUGUAAGUUUGCUGUGGUAUCUUGCGUACGGUCGGCAGCACUUCCACGGCCCGCCCCUGCUGGAGGGAGAUCUGUGAUUGUGACUCUCAGUUUCAGGCAGGAACAUUCGUAUCGAUUCUUCUUAUUUUCAAACUUCUAG